AUGAAUGCCAGCGACCCUGUCGACGUGGCUGAGAUUGCCAAAUCAAGGGCACUCUCAAAAGAUGUCGCCGUCAAUGAGAAGGCCCCAAUAGUUGAUGAGAUGACUAUCGACAAUGCACCUCUCCGAAAUGUAUCCAUCGAUGGUGAAGAUUCUCUAGACAAGACUGCUCCCACCGAGGAGGAACUGGCCACUUUGCGCCGUGUCGCCGGAAAACUGCCUAUUGCUGCAUACAGUGUUGCCUUUGUGGAACUGUGCGAACGUUUCUCGUACUACGGUACCACUGCUGUCUUCGUCAACUUCAUUCAGCGACCUUUGCCCGAUGGAUCUUCCGCUGGUAACCUUGUUGCAGGUGUCUCUGACUGGAGCAAUGAUUCACCCGGAGCUCUGGGUAUGGGCCAACAGGCCUCCACCGGUUUGACCUUGUUCAAUGCUUUCUGGUCCUACAUCAUGCCCCUCUUCGGUGCUAUGAUUGCUGAUCAAUACUGGGGUCGUUACCGUACCAUCAUGUCCGCGAUUGCCUGCGCCCUCGUUGGACACGUCAUUCUUAUCAUUUCCGCCAUUCCUCAAGUUAUUCAACACCCCAAUGGAGCCAUUGGAUGUUUCUCUGUUGGUCUUAUCAUUAUGGGUAUCGGAACUGGUGGUUUCAAGGCCAACAUCGCCCCCCUGAUCGCAGAACAAUACCGUGAUGACAAGCCAUAUGUUAGCACACUUGCUACCGGUGAGCGUGUCAUUAUUGACCCGUCUGCUACUGUUUCCCGUAUCUAUCUAUACUUCUACAUGAUGGUCAACAUCGGUUCUUUCGUGGGUCAAAUCGCCAUGGUCUACGCCGAACGUUAUGUUGGUUUCUGGCUGUCAUACCUUCUCCCGACGGCCAUGUUCUGUCUCUGCCCUGCUGUAUUGCUCAUUUGCAAGAAGCAAUACGUUCUCACUCCUCCCAGUGGAUCAAUCUACACCAAGGCCUUCAAGCUGUGGAAGUUGGCCAUGAAGGGGCACUGGAGCCUGAACCCUGUGCGAUGGUUCAAGUCCUCUGAUACCGAUAUUUGGGCCACCGCCAAGCCCAGCCACCUUGGAGCCAACAAGCCCGCGUGGAUGGACUUUGAUGAUGCGUGGGUUGAUGAAGUUCGACGAGGACUGAUGGCCUGCAGAGUCUUUUUGUGGUUCCCCCUUUACUGGCUCGCCUACAACCAGAUGCUGAACAACCUGACAUCUCAAGCGGCUACCAUGAAACUCGGAGGUGUCCCCAACGAUAUUAUCAACAACCUCAACCCCAUCGCACUGAUUAUCUUCAUUCCCAUCUUUGAUCAGCUUGUUUACCCUGCUCUUCGUAAGAUGGGUAUCCGCUUCACCCCCUUGAAGCGUAUCACUGCCGGAUUCGUCACUGCCGCCCUUGGUAUGGUCGUUGCCGCGGUUACCCAACACUACAUUUACAAGCUCGGACCCUGCGGUAAGGAGGCCAACUACUGUCUCGAGGAGAAGCACGAGCACACCAAUAUCUCCGUCUGGAUCCAGGCUCUGACCUACAUCCUCGGUGGUAUUUCCGAAAUCUUUGCAUCCGUGACUGGUCUUGAGUAUGCCUACACCAAGGCCCCCAAGAACAUGCGAUCUCUCGUGCAGGCUGUCUCACUUCUGAUGAACGCCUUCUCGUCUGCCAUUGGUCAGGCUUUCAUUGGUCUGGCUGACGAUCCUCUCUUGGUUUGGAACUACACUGUGGUUGCUAUUCUCGCCUUCCUCGGCGGUGUCGGCUUCUGGGCCACCAACUACAAGUUGGACGGACAGGAGGACGCCAUGAACAUGUUGCCAAACAGCGAGUUCACUCCCCAGGCAGUUGUCCAGGAUGAGGAACGGAAGUAA